AUGGGCUUGGGGCCGGUGGCCUUCGAGGAGGUGGCUGUGUAUUUCACCAAAGAAGAGUGGGCUCUGCUGGACCCCAUUCAGAGAGCCCUCUACAGAGAUGUCAUGCAAGAAAACUAUGAGAACGUGACGUCGCUGGGGUUUCCAGUUUCCAAACCUGAUAUCUCCCAGCUGGAAAGAGGGGAAGAGCUAUUAUCCCCGGAUCUCCAGGGCUUAGAGGAAAGAGAAAUCCUGAGAGGCAUCUACACAGGUGAUGGGAUGGUGAGUGAGACCUUGGAGCAGAAGCCUCAGCAGGAAGAUGAUGAGCAAGUCAAACCACAUGGGACAUUAUUGCAAAGAUGCAAAGGGAGUAUGUCCAGGAAUUGUGAGCAGCGAAAAGCCUGUGAGAGUCAGCACAGGCCAGAGAAGUGGCAGGGAAACCAGCCAACACAGAAAGCUGGUAAAGCUGUUAAUUGUUGGGGAACUCACAAAGGCCUCAAGGAAACCACGACCCAGCAGAGAAUCCCCAUGGGAGAGAGAAAUAACACAUGUGUUGAGUGUGGGAAAAAGUUCAGUAGGUACUCACUGCUUCUUAGCCAUCAGAGAAUCCACACAGGGGAGAAACCCUACGAAUGCUGUGAGUGCGGGAAAACCUUCACUGAGCGCUCAACCCUUAUUAAACAUCAGAGGAUCCACACAGGGGAGAAACCCUACGAAUGCGGCGAGUGUGGGCAAACCUUUGCUGAGCGCUCAACGCUUAUUCAACACCAGAGGAUCCACACAGGGGAGAAACCCUAUGAAUGCUGUAAGUGUGGGAAGACCUUUGCUCGGAGCUCACACCUUAUUAGGCAUCACAGAAUCCACACACAGGAGAAACCCUAUGAAUGCUGUGAGUGUGGGAAAACAUUCACUGAGUGCUCAUCCCUUAUUCAGCAUCAGAGGAUCCACACAGGAGAGAAACCCUAUGAAUGCUGUGAGUGUGGGCAAACCUUUGCUCGGAGUUCACACCUUAAUAGGCAUCAGAGAAUCCACACAGGGGAGAAACCCUAUGAAUGCUGUGAGUGCGGGAAAACCUUCACGCGGAGCUCACACCUUAUUAGGCAUCACAGAAUCCACACAGGGGAGAAACCCUAUGAGUGCUGUGAGUGCGGGAAAACCUUUACUCAGGACUCAUCCCUUAUUAAACAUCAGAGAAUCCACACAGGGGAUAAACCCUAUGAAUGCUGUGAGUGUGGGAAAACAUUUGUCCGGCGCACACACCUUAAUAAACAUCAGAGGAUCCACACGGGGGAGAAACCCUAUUAAUGUUGGGGGAAUUCCAGGUGUAGGGGUAAUAGGACUCUGCAAGUACUUCUAGAUGAAAGUGGUUGGGGCUCAGCAGAGGGGUCUGGAUGCUGCGGGAGUGGGGCUUGGUGGGGGUCUGG